AUGUCCUCUACUACCGACGACCCCCGCCGCUUCGCCUACCUUGUCGGCAUUGGCGUAACCCACUCCAUCGCUCCCCCAAUGCAUACCUACGCCUUCCAAAGCAUGGGCUACCCGUGGACCUUCAUCGCACGAGAAUGCCCGACCGUCGAAGACGCAGUGGCUCUCUUCCGCCAGCCCACCUUCGCCGGCGGGGUGGUAACCAUGCCCUACAAACGCACCAUCAUGGACCAUCUCGACGGGCUAGACGAGUACGCUGUGCGCCUCCAAGCGUGCAAUAACGUCUAUCGCGCAGAAGAUGGCUCGCUGCGCGGAACGAACACUGACUGGCGCGGUAUCAAGGGGUGUUUGCUUUCUGCUGAUCCGGAGGAGAAAGGGAGGGGUAAGGCCGCGGUGAUUGUGGGCGCGGGGGGAGCAUGUCGUGCGGCGGUGUAUGCGCUGUAUGAGGAGCUGGGAUGUACGCCUAUCUACGUGGUGAAUCGGGAUGAGGAGGAAGUGAGGGUUUUGAGGCAGGAAACGGAGAAGGAGUAUGGGGAGGGGCUGAAGAUGGUUCAUGUUGAGAGGGUGGAGCAGGUUGCGGGUUUGUUGGAGAAGGCGGCGCCGGGGUAUAUGGUUGGCACAGUUCCUGAUGCGGAGCCGGUGACGGCGGAGGAGAAGGAGGUGCAUCGCAUCGUGGAGGCAUUUUUGGAUGCUCCUGUUAAGGGGGUGUUGCUUGAUAUGUGCUUCAAGCCGAGACAGACAAGGUUUCUGAAGAUGGCGGGACCGCGGGGGUUCUACUACACUUUCAUAUAUCAACAUAUUGUACUAUCAUUUCCUAUAUCUAUCAUGCCUUGCAAACCUGCUAUCGCGUCCAUGUCCGUGGGCCGUGCCUGGGCCGGCUUCAAAGGGGUGGAAAUCUUCUACGAAGACCUAGAAUACCUCGCCAAAGAAAAGGGAGAACCGACAGAAGAGAAUCUCCUAAUUGCCGCCCGAGAAACCAAGGAUAUUUGUGACCGACACGGCCUCGAAGUGAUUGGAUUGCAGCCGUUCCUGUUCUACGAAGGCCUGCUAGAUCGAGACGUCCACCAACAAAAGAUCGCCAAACUUCAUACCUGGUUCAAGAUCAUCAAGAUUCUCGGUACCGAUAUCAUCCAGAUCCCGUCGAACUUUCAGCCCGAUGGCAUCUCAGGAGAUCUUGAUCUCAUUGUCUCCGACAUGAUCGAGGUGGCCGAUCUGGGCCUGCAGCAAGAGCCCCCAGUUCGCUUCGCAUACGAGAGUCUCGCCUGGGGCACGUAUGUUUCAACCUGGGACACCAUGUGGGAAAUCAUUCAACGGGUCGAUCGCCCGAAUUUUGGAUGCUGUCUGGAUACCUUCAACAUCGCCGGUCGGGUGUGGGCCGAUCCCGCCAGUCCCUCGGGGACGGUCCCUGAUGCUGAUGCAUUGCUAGCCCAGUCGUUGGAUCGCCUUGUGAAGACAAUCGACGUGAAAAAGGUCUUUUAUGUUCAGGUUGUUGAUGCAGAAAAGAUGGAGCAGCCAUUGGUCCCCGGCCAUCCGUUCCACGUGGACGGCCAGCCGGCACGCAUGAACUGGAGCCGCAACGCGAGAUUGUUCCUGUAUGAACAGGAAAAGGGCGGGUAUCUCCCGGCAGUCGAGGUAGCUCGGGUAAUCCUGAAGGAGCUUGGAUUCGAAGGAUGGGUGUCGAUGGAACUGUUCUCCAGAACCAUGGCGGAUCCGGAUCCGACCGUGCCGCAGAGCCAUUCCCAGCGAGGCAUCCGGGCCUGGCAACAAUUGGCAAAGGAGUUAGAUCUAUAAAUACGCUCAUAGAUAGCUAUGUUGGCAAUCAGCCAUUGUCUGGGACAUGUUGAAGCUGAGCAAGAAAGUCUGUAUCUAAAUUUCCUGCAUAGAAACCCAAAUUCUCG